ACUCACACCAGCCCCCUGGCCAACGAGGGAGGGGCGAACAAGAGACUCACCCUGAGGGAUGAGAGAGCAGAGAGGAGGAGGAAGAGGAAGGGCAGCGGGUGUACAGGAGGAAGAGGAGAGAGGAAGAGGAGGGGGAGGAGUCAGGAGGAAGAGGAGGAGGAGGAGGAGGAGGGGAACAAGAGGAAGGGCAGCGGGUGUACAGGAGGAAGAGGAGAGAGGAAGAGGAGGGGGAGGAGUCAGGAGGAAGAGGAGGAGGAGGAGGAGGGGAACAAGAGGAAGGGCAGCGGGUGUACAGGAGGAAGAGGAAAGAGGAGGGGGAGGAGGAGGAGGAGGAGGAGUCAGGAGGAAGAGGAGGAGGAGGAGGAGGGGAAUCUGUCCUUAGAGGAUAUCUUUUCCUCCUCCUCAUCCAGUACCAUGCUGGCCAACACAUUACAGCCCCCACAAUGCAACUGUGGAGAACCAACUCCUGAUCCGGUUGCAGAGAGGUUUGUGCAGCUGGGAUGUCUGGGCGGCGGAGGCUAUGGGACGGUCUACGCUGGAUACCGCAGAGAAGACAACCUACCUGUGAGAACCAUGGAAUAAACACACACAUAUAAGGUCCAUUGGAGAUGCAGUACUAUUUGUCAAUGUGUGUGUGUGUGUGUGUGUGUGUGUGUGUGUGUGUGUUUGUGUUUUCUCUGUAGGUGGCUAUAAAACGUGUCCCCUUGGCCAAAGUGUUACGCAUACCUGUGGUGAGUUCAUCAUUCUCUUAUCAUGGUCUGUUGUGAUGCAGUCUGUAGCAGUCUUUUGUGAUCUGUAGUAGUCUACAGUAGUCUAUCGUAGUCUGUAGUCGUCUGUAGUAGUCUGUAGUAGUCUGUAGUAGUCUAUAGUACUAUUAGUAGUCUGUAGUACUAUUACAUUUACAUUUACAUUUACGUCAUUUAGCAGACGCUCUUAUCCAGAGCGACUUACAAAUUGGUGCAUUCACCCUAUAGCCAGUGGGAUAACCACUUUACAAUAUGUUUUUUUUUUUUUUGGGGGGGGGGGGGGUAGAAGGAUUACUUUAUCCUAUCCCAGGUAUUCCUUAAAGAGGUGGGGUUUCAAAUGUCUCCGGAAGGUGGUGAGUGACUCCGCUGUCCUGGCGUCGUGAGGGAGCUUGUUCCACCAUUGGGGUGCCAGAGCAGCGAACAGUUUUGACUGGGCUGAGCGGGAACUAUGCUUCCGCAGAGGAAGGGGAGCCAGCAGGCCAGAGGUGGAUGAACGCAAUGCCCUCGUUUGGGUGUAGGGACUGAUCAGAGCCUGAAGGUACGGAGGUGCCGUUCCCCUCACAGCUCCAUAGGCAAGCACCAUGGUCUUGUAACAGAUGCGAGCUUCAACUGGAAGCCAGUGGAGUGUGCGGAGGAGCGGGGUGACGUGAGAGAACUUGAACACCAGACGGGCUGCGGCAUUCUGGAUGAGUUGUAGGGGUUUAAUGGCACAGGCAGGGAGCCCAGCCAACAGCGAGUUGCAGUAAUCCAGACGGGAGAUGACAAGUGCCUGGAUUAGGACCUGUGCCGCUUCCUGUGUAAGGCAGGGUCGUACUCUCCGAAUGUUGUAGAGCAUGAACCUGCAGGAUCGGGUCACCGCCUUGAUGUUAGCGGAGAACGACAGGGUGUUGUCCAGGGUCACGCCAAGGCUCUUCGCACUCUGGGAGGAGGACACAACGGAGUUGUCAACCGUGAUGGCGAGAUCAUGGAACGGGCAGUCCUUCCCUGGGAGGAAGAGCAGCUCCGUCUUGCCAGGGUUCAGCUUGAGGUGGUGAUCCGUCAUCCAUACUGAUAUGUCUGCCAGACAUGCAGAGAUAUUAGUCAUCUGUAGUAGUCUGUAGUAGUCUGUAGUGGUCUGUAGUAGUCUGUAGUGGUCUGUAGUGGUCUGUAGUAGUCUGUAGUGGUCUGUAGUGGUCUGUAGUGGUCUGUGGUGGUCUGUAGUACUAUUAGUAGUCUGUAGUAGUCUGUAGUAGUCUAUAGAAGUCUGUAGUGGUCUGUAGUGGUCUGUAGUACUAUUAGUAGUCUGUAGUAGUCUGUAGUAGUCUAUAGUAGUUUGUAUUGGUCUGUAGUGGUCUGUAGUACUAUUAGUAGUCUGUAGUAGUCUGUAGUAGUCUAUAGUAGUCUGUAGUGGUCUGUAGUGGUCUGUAGUGGUCUGUAGUGGUCUGUAGUACUAUUAGUAGUCUGUAGUAGUCUAUAGUAGUCUAUAGUAGUCUGUAGUGGUCUGUAGUAGUCUGUAGUGGUCUGUAGUGGUCUGUAGUAGUCUGUAGUGAUCUGUAGUACUAUUAGUAGUCUAUAGUACUAGUAGUCAUCCGUUGUAGUCUGUAGUAGUCUAAAGUAGUCUGUAGUAGUCUGUAGUAGUCUAUAGUCAUCCGUAGUAGUCUGUAGUGGUAUAUAGUACUCUGUAGUAGUCUGUAGUAGUCUAUAGUGAUCUGUAGUAGUCUAUAGUAGUCUGUAGUAGUCUGUAGUAGUCUGUAGUAGUGUAUAGUCAUCCGUAGUAGUCUAUAGUAGUAUAUAGUACUCUGUAGUAGUCUGUAGUAGUCUAUAGUCAUCCGUAGUAGUCUGUAGUAGUAUAUAGUACUCUGUAGUAGUCUAUAGUAAUAUGUAGUAGUCUAUAGUAGUCUAUAGUAAUCCGUAGUAGUCUAUAGUAAUCCGUAGUAGUCUGUAGAAGAUUGUAGUAGUACAGUCGAGGUCAAAAGUUUUCAGAAUGUCACAAAGUUCGCUGCUUCAGUGUUAUGAGAUAUUUUUGUCAGAUGUUACUAUGGUAUAAUGAAGUUAAUUACAAGCAUUCCAUGUGUCAAAGGCUUUUAUUGACAAUUACAUUACGUUUAUGCAAAGAGUUUACAGUGUAGUUCUCCUGUAGCUCAGUUGGUAGAGCAUGGCGCUUGCAACGCCAGGGUUGUGGGUUCGAUUCCCAUGGGGGGCCAGUAUGAAAAUGUAUGCACUAACUAACUGUAAGUCGCUCUGGAUAAGAGCGUCUGCUAUAUGACUAAAAUGUAAAAUAUGUUGACCCUUCUUUUUCAAGACCUCUGCAAUCCACCUUGGCAUGCUGUCAAUUAACUUCUGGGCCACAUCCUGACUGAUGGCAGCCCAUUCUUGCAUAAUCAAUGCUUGGAGUUUGUCAGAAUUUGUGGGUUUUGGUUUGUCCACCCGCGUCUUGAGGAUCGACCACAAGUUCUCAAUGGGAUUAAGGUCUGGGGAGUUUCCUGGCCAUGGACCCAAAAUGUCGAUGUUUUGUUCCCCGAGCCACUUAGUUAUCACUUUUGCCUUAUGGCAAGGUGCUCCAUCAUGCUGGAAAAGGCAUUGUUCGUCACCAAACUGUUCUUGGAUGGUUGGGAGAAGUUGCUCUCGGAGGAUGUGUUGGUACCAUUCUUUAUUCAUGGCUGUGUUCUUAGGCAAAAUUGUGAGUGAGCCCACUCCCUUGGCUGAGAAGCAACCCCACACAUGAAUGGUCUCAGGAUGCUUUACUGUUGGCAUGACACAGGACUGAUGGUAGCGCUCACCUUGUCUUCUCCGGACAAGGUGUUUUCCGGAUGCCCCAAACAAUCGGAAAGGGGAUUCAUCAGAGAAAAUGACUUUACCCCAGUCCUCAGCAGUCCAAUCCCUGUACCUUUUGCAGAAUAUCAGUCUGUCCCUGAUGUUUUUCCUGGAGAGAAGUGGCUUCUUUGCUGCCCUUCUUGACACCAGGACAUCCUCCAAAAGUCUUCGCCUCACCGUGCGUGCAGAUGCACUCACACCUGCCUGCUGCCAUUCCUGAGCAAGCUCUGCAUUGGUGGUGCCCCAAUCCCGCAGCUGAAUCAACUUUAGGAGACGGUCCUGGCGCUUGCUGGACUUUCUUGGGCGCCCUGACACCUUCUUCACAACAAUUGAACCUCUCUCCUUGAAGUUCUUGAUGAUCCGAUAAAUGGUUGAUUUAAGGUGCAAUCUUACUAGCAGCAAUAUCCUUGCCUGUGAAGCCGUUUUUGUGCAAAGCAAUGAUGACGGCACGUGUUUCCUUGCAGGUAACCAUGGUUAACAGAGGAAGAACAAUGAUUUCAAGCACCACCCUCCUUUUAAAGCUUCCAGUCUGUUAUUCUAACUCAAUCAGCAUGACAGAGUGAUCUCCAGCCUUGUCCUCGUCAACACUCUCACCUGUGUUAACGAGAGAAUCACUGACAUGAUGGCAGCUAGUCCUUUUGUGGCAGGGCUGAAAUGCAGUGGAAAAGUUUUUUUGGGGAUUAAGUUCGUUUUCAUGGCAAAGGGGGACAAAGGGGGAAUUGCAAUUAAUUGCAAUUCCUCUCUCUUCAUGACAUUCUGGAGUGUAUGCAAAUUGCCAGCAUCAAAACUGGGGCAGCAGACUUUGUGAAAAUUAGUAUUUGUGUCAUUCUCAAAACUUUUGACCAUGACUGUACGUAGUAGUCUAUAACAGGUUUUCCCAAACUCGGUCCUUGUGCAUGUUUUGGUUUUUGCCCAGUACUACACAUCUGAUUCAAAGAACCAACUCAUCAUCAAGCUUUUAUUAGGAAUUUUUUAGAACAUUUUAUUUUUUAUUUAUUUUUCUCCCCAAUUUCGUGGUAUCCAAUUGGUAGUUACAGUCUUGUCCCAUCGCUGCAACUCCCGUACGGACACGGGAGAGGCGAAGGUCGUGAGUGCUCUGAAACACAACCCAACCGAGCCGCACUGCUUCUUGACACAACAAUGUGUCGGAGGAAACACCUGGCGACCGUGUCAGCGUGCACCGCGCCCGGACCGCCACAGGAGUCGCUAACCUGGACGACACUGGGCCAAUUGUGCUCUGUCCCAUGGGUCUGUAUUAGUCUGUAGUAGUCUGUUGUAGUCUAAAGUAGUCUAAUUCAGUCUGUAGUAGUUUGAUGUUAUCUGAUUCAGUUUGUAGUAGUUUAUAGUAGUAUUUAGUAGUCUGAUUAGGUCUGUAGUAGUCUAUAGUAGUUUGUAGUAGUCUAUAUAAGUCUGUUGUAGUCUGUAGUAGUCUAUAGCAGUCUGAUUAGGUCUGUAGUGGUCUAUCGUAGUUUGUAGUAGUCUAUAGAAGUCUGUUGUAGUCUGUAGUAGUCUAUAGCAGUCUGAUUAGGUCUGUAGUAGUCUAUAGUAGUCUUUAUUAGUCUGAUUCUGUCUGUAGUAGUCUAUAGAAGUUUGUUGUAGUCUGUAGUAGUCUGAUUAAGUCUGUAGUAGUCUAUAGUAGUCUAUAACAGUCGAGGCUCCUCAGAGGAGGAAGGGGAGCGAAUUUCAUAAAAAUUAAAAUUGUAAAACAUUGAAAAAGUUAUCCUUUUUAGUAGGGGUGUAACGAUCCAUCUACUACAUCGAUGUAUCGAUUUAUAUUCCUAUGAUCCAACUGCAUCGAUCUGUGCUCGGCGAGUUGGCCUUUUGGACAACAUAUAUCGAUCUAACAUCGUUUUAAAAUGUAAUAAAUCGAUUGUAUCGAUACUAGGAAAUAACCCAUUGGAUUUAAGCACGUCAGACUUUAUAUGGAUGUUUUUUCUUAGCACUUUUAAUGAUAAAGGCUUUAAACAUUACUCGAUUCAGUCUGCCUAUCCGUGACGUCAUCGCGCCAGCAGCAGCGCAAAGGCGCCAAGACAACAAAACAAAGCAUGGCGGACAACAGAGGAGAAGCCGACGAGCGAGAAAUUAUCAAGCCACCAUUGCGGUCCUUACAAGAAACAGGAAUCUAGGAAACUUCACCUGCACUGUCCAGUAUACAGGUAUUUAUUUCAGUCACACUGGUUGAAUUUUUGGCUAAAAGGUUACUGAAUCGAUUUCAAGUCACUGAAUCGUUUCGGAUCGUAUCGUUCUAAAUGAACCAAUAUCGUCCUUGAAUCGUAUCGACAACCACGAAUCGUGAUACAAAUCGAAUCGUUGUUAAAACGAAUCGUUACACCCCUACUUUUUAGAUAAAACUAUACUAAAUAUAUUCACGUCACCAAAUAAUUGAUUAAAACACACUGUUUUGCAAUGAAGGUCUACAGUAGCCUCAACCGCACUCUGUAGGGUAGCACCAUUGUGUAGCCGGAGGACAGCUAGCUUCCGUCCUCCUCUUGGUACAUUGACUUCAAUACAAAACCUAGGAGGCUCUUGGUUCUCACCCCCUUUCAUAGACUUACACAGUAAUUAUGACAACUUCCGGAGGAAAUCCUCCAGCCUAUCAGAGCUCUUGCAGCAUGUUGUCCACCCAAUCAAAGGAUCAGAGAAUGAAUCUAGUACUGAAAGCAUAAACUACAGCUUGCUAACACUGCAGUGUAUAAAAUGUGGUGAGUAGUUGACUCAAAGAGAAAGAAAGACAAUAGUUGAACAGUUUUCAACAAAUUAUUUUCUUCAAAAAUGAAGGAGAAGCAGUUUUACUUACUUAGCUAGCAAAUGCAGCUGGCUAGUUUAGUUACUCAAACACCCGGCUCAAACAGAGGGAUGCUAUGUUAGCUAGCUGGCUAUGACUAUUCAACACAACACUGGAACUCUUCCAAGUCAAUGUAAGCUUUUGGUUUUAUAAAUUUAUUGUCACCGGGGCCCACCGGUGUAACUGCUUAUUGACUAUACACUGUAACGUUGCUGCAUGAUUGUAGCGGGUUUACUGACGUAUUAGUUCUAUUAGCUAUGUUAACUAGGACGUUACUUUUUGCUAAUAUGGUGUAGCCGUUAUGACAUGGUUUGGCUUGGAAAGGUUUUUCGCCUGGUCACAUACAGCUGAUGUGUUGUUCAUUGAAGUCCACAAACGAAGGGACGAUGUGAGAGGAGGAGAGCGCAUAGAGGCGAGAAGGAAUACAACGUGGCUGCUAUGAAAGUGAACUGUGUUUAUGCGUGAUCAGGGGUGUAUUCAUUACGCCGAUUCUGUUGAAAAAUGUUUCUUAAACGGAAGCAAAACGAAACGGGGAUAAAAAAUACCUGAAUUUUGUCCAAUAGAAACUCUCGUUCGCAACUGUUGGACUAAUGAUUACACCCUAUAUCAGCUAGAUGCAGGAAAGAGUGUGCAAGGCGAUAUUGAAUGUGUCACUGUCUGUCACCUCAAAUGUUUCUCUCGACCUGUGUGCACCUACGUUGUAAACUUUCAUUCAUAGGCUAGGUUGUAGCAACCUCAUGAUGGGUACAGCGAAAAUUCGAGUAUCAUGUAGUAGCCUAAACCUAUUGAUGUUCCAUUGAACUGGGUGGAUGGAAUAUGAAUGACAGUCAUCCAAUAUGCUGUAAUAGAAAUAAGGCCAUGUUCAUGAGAAAAAAAAAUGUGUCCUCCCUCAUCAUAAACGGCACCAACCGCCACUGGUCUAUAAUAAACGGCACCAACCGCCACCGGUCAAUAAUAAACGGCACCGACCGCCACUGGUCAAUAAUAAACGGCACCGACCGCCACUGGUCAAUAAUAAUCUGUUAUCAUCUGUAGUUAACUAUAGUAGUCAUGUAGUCAUCUGAUUCAGUUUGUAGUAGUCUAGAGUCGUCUGGUGUAGUCUGAUUCAGUCUGUAUCAGUCUGAUUCAGUCUGUAUUAGUAUAAGUAGUCUGUAGUAGUCUAUAGUAGUCUGCAGUAGUCUAUGAUAGUCUGUAGGAGUCUAUAGCAGUCUGUAGUAAUCUGAUUUGGUCUGUAGUUCUCUGUAGUAGUCUAUAGUAGUCUGCAGUAGUCUAUGAUAGUCUGUAGUAGUCGGUAUCAGUCUGUAGUAAUCUGAUUCGGUCUGUAGUAGUCUAUAGUAGUCUGUAGUAGUCUGUAGUAGUCUAUAGUAGUUUGUAGUAUUCUAUAGUAGUGUAUAGUAGUUUGUAGUAGUCUAUAGUAGUCUGUAGUAGUCUAUAGUAGUUUGUAGUAGUCUAUAGUAGUUUGUAGUAGUUUAUAGUAGUUUGUAGUAGUCUGUAGUAGUCUGAUUCAGUUUGUAGUAGUCUAUAGUAGUUUGUAGUAGUCUAUAGUAGUCUGUAGUAGUCUGAUUCAGUUUGUAGUAGUCUAUAGUAGUUUGUAGUAGUUAAUAGUAGUCUGUAGUAGUCUAUAGUAGUCUGAUUCAGUUUGUAGUAGUCUAUAGUAGUCUGUAGUAGUCUAUAGUAGUGUGUAGUAGUUUAUAGUAGUGUGUAGUAGUUUAUAGUAGUUUGUAGUAGUCUAUAGUAGUUUGUAGUAGUUAAUAGUAGUCUGUAGUAGUCUAUAGUAGUCUGAUUCAGUCUGUAGUAGUCUAUAGUAGUCUGUAGUAGUCAAUAGUAGUCUGAUUCAGUCUGUAGUAGUCUAUAGUAGUCUGUAGUAGUCAAUAGUAGUCUGAUUCAGUUUGUAGUAGUCUAUAGUAGUCUGUAGUAGUAUAGUAAUCUUUCAUCUUUAUUUGGAUCCCAAUUUCAGACUCAGGAUGGACAGCAGGUGGAGUUUCCCUUGGAGGUGGUAUUAUUGCGGAUCGUGGGCGGUAGGGGUGAGGGUAGGGGUGAGGCUACGGGGGAGGGUUUGGGUGAAGUUGUCCCUCCCCCCCGUGCUGCAGUGGCCCUGCUGGACUGGUUUGAGCUGGAUCAGGAGUUGGUCCUGGUUCUGGAGAGACCAGUUCCCUGCAUGGACCUCUAUGACUACAUCCAGAUGAGAGGGGGGACGCUGCAGGAGGAACACGCCAGGGUGAGAGAGAGAGAGGGAGAGGGAUGUAGGGAGGAGAGCGGGAGGAGCAAGGAGAAGAUAGAGAGAGAGGCAGAGAGAGAGAUGACGAGAGAGAAAGAGAGAGAGAGAGAGAUGAGAGACAGCGACGGGACGACGAUGAGAGAGACAGAGAGAGAGAGAGAAGAGAGAGAGAGAGACAGAGAGAGAGAGACAGAGAGAGACAGAGACAGAGAGAGAGAGAGGGAGAGAGAGUGUGUAGUGUUAUCCAAAACCCUGAGGACAGUUUACUAGAGUAAAUAUUGACCUACUACCCCACUGCCUUUUUCUCUCUCUAUCUCUCUCUCUCUCUCUCUCUCUCUCUCUCUCUCUCUCUCUUUCGUUUCGUCGUUUCUCUCGUUUUCGUUCUCUCGUUCUCUCUCUCUCUCACUCUCUCUCUCACUCUCUCUCUCGUUGUCUCUCUCUCUCUCUCUCUCUCUCUCUCUCUCUCUCUCUCUCUCUCUCUCUCUCUAGGUCAUCCUGAGGCAGCUAGUUGAAGCGAUGAGAGAGGUCCAUUCCAGAGGUGUUCUCCAUCGUGACAUCAAACCAGAGAACAUUCUAGUAGAGACCGGUUCCACCUCGCCUCGGAUCAGGGUUCUAGACUUUGGCUGCGGCUGCAUUCUCAGAGAUGGGCCCUACACCGAGUGUUACGGUAGGCUGGUGUCCAAUCACUGAGUGUAAACCAUAACACUGUUAGCCCGCUGAGCUAAAGCCUGGAUGUUAGUUUUGGGAAACCAAUACAUAUCUACAGAUCUCAGAUAUACACACACCCUGACCUUCCUGUUCUGUGUUGUGUUGUGUUGUGUGUGUGUGUGUGUGUGUGUGUGUGUGAGUGAGUAUGUGUGUGGGUGGUGGUGUGUGUGUGUGUGUGUGGGUUGUGUGUGGUGUGGUUUGUGGUUUGUGUGUGUGUGUGUGUGGGGGUGAGGGAGUAUCUGGUGUGGUGUGUGUGUGUGUGUGUUUGUGUGUGUGUGGUGUGUGUAUGUGUGUGUGUGUGAUGUGUGUGUAUGUGUGUGAUGUGUGUGUGUGUGUGUGUGGGUGUGUGUGUGUGUGUGGUGUCGUGGUGUGUGUGUGUUGUGUUGUGUGUUGUGUGUGGUGAUUGUGUGUGUGUGCGUGUUGUCGUGUUGUGGGUGUGGUGUGUGUGUGUGUGUGUGGGUGUGUGUGUGUGGGUGUUGUGUGUGUGUGGUGGUGUGUGUGUGUGGGUGUGUGUGUGUGUGUGUGUAGCUGUGUGGUGUGUGGUGUCUUGGUGCUUGUGUGUGUGUGCUGUGUUUGGGUGUGUUGUGUUUGUGGUGCGUGUGUCAUGGUGUGUUGUGUGGUACUGUGUGUGUGUGGGUGUGUGUGUGGUGUGUGUCGUGUGUGGUGUGUGGGUGUGUGGUGUGUGUGUGUGUGUGUGGUGUGUGUUGGUGUGUGUGUGUGGUGUGUGUGUGUGUGUGUGGUGUGUGGUGUGUGGGGUGUGUGUGUGUAGGCACGUCCCAGUACACCCCCCCAGAGUGGUUUCUGAGAGAGUCGUAUCGUGCUGGUCCCUCCACUGUGUGGCAGCUGGGGGUGCUGCUAUAUGACAUGCUGUGUGGGGACCAGCCCUUCAACACACGACGAGAGAUCAUCUUUGAAGAGCCUUACAUCAAGGACGAACUGUCCAGACGUAAGACACACACACACAGACAGAGAGACAGACAGACAGAGACAGACAGACAGACAGACAGACAGACAGACAGACAGACAGACAGAGAGAGAGAGAGAGAGAGAGAGAGAGAGAGAGAGAGAGAGGAGAGAGAGAGAGAGAGAGAGAGAGAGAGAGGGAGAGAGAGAGAGAGAUACAGACAGACACACUAACCCUUACUUGUUCUCUUGUCUUGUUCUCCAGACUGUGUGGAUCUGUUGAGGAGGUGUCUGGCCAAGCGACCCCGAGGACGGCCCACUCUGGACGGGAUGUUACUCCACCCCUGGCUCCAGCCACAG